AUGGAGCAGUCCAAUUCUCGUUUUGCUGGCAGUUAUUACGGCGCUGAGUCCUCAGAAAACGGGUCUUCAGAAAAUGGGUUCCGAAAAGGUAAGUUGUGGGACGGCGGGUUGUGGACGGCGGGUUAUUCUUACCAGAGGUUUUUAUCAGAGAGGCUCCAGAACGGCGGGUCAGAUGACAGAUCCGUGGAGGGAGGGGUGCAUCUCCGGGAGACCAAACCCGUGGGCCGGGAGACCAAACCCGUGGGCCUGGGCUACAGGCUCGCCCAGAGAGCAGCUGCCGACGGACGGGUUGAGAACGUAUCUUUGGUCGACCUGGUGCGGUUCUCGGGUCUGGCAACACGGUACGUGGUUUACUUAGUGGGGUCCUGUAUCCUGGGCGCGGCGGCAGGCUUUGCCUCACCGCUUGCGCCGGUGCCGCUCUUUCGGUGGGACCGUUACGGAGGGGGCAACACACCGCCCCUGUCCACUCUCGUGGGGCUGGUGGGCGCCGCUCCUGUGAUCACCACUCCUGUGGGCGUGGGAGUCACCUCCGUGGGAGCCGUCCGUACAGUGAGUUGGGAGUUGCCUAUGUGGGAAUUGUCUGAACGGCUGUUAUACACUUGCGGCUUUCUACGCGUUGUGGGGUGGUUGCUGGUGGCGCCAUGGGCGGACUUGUUUGGUCGUCGGGAGGUGGUGGUGGGGACGUUGGCUGUGUCGUUGUUGGCCGCCUGUUUGUUGGCGACGCUACCCGGUGACUGUUCCAUGGGCGUGGCUGUGGUGGUGUUCCAGCUGUCGAUGCCGGGGUGGGAACUGAACGCAGGACUGUUGCAAUCGGAGACGGCGCAACCCGUCAGCAGCGUGCUGCCCCUCAGCCUCAUCAAAUUCGGCAGCAUCGCCUUCGGUCUCGGCCUCUGGUGCCUCAGCUGGCUCCGUCUCUGGGCGCGCUACCCAGAUGACGCGCGCUUCGCAGACAACUACUUCGCUGAACGCAUGACCUUCCUCAUCUGCGCUGGCCUCCUCGCCAUCGGCUUCGUCUUCUUCCGCUGGGUCGCCCAUGACAGCCCACAGUACCUCAUCCUCAAACAAAACCAAGGCGCCGCCUGGGCCGCUACGCAGUCACUCUGCCACCGAGACAGCGUCCACCACUAUCUCCGCAGCCGCCUCGCCCACCCCCCCGCCCAACCCUCGUUUGCACACGGGUCCGCUCCCGCGUUUGCGCACACGGUUACGCCCGUCCACACCGGUGCCCAUCCCGACGCGCCGCUACGGCAGUCGUGCGUGAUGGUGCUGCGCACCAGCGGCGCCAAUGCGGAGUACUUGGACGAGCCGCGGCUGGGCCGGCGGGUGUGGAGACACCUGGAGGUGGCGCGCGACCGCCGCUCCUGCCGCCUGCCGCCGCUGCUAUUCGUGGCUAUUUUGGCGGCCGUGAAAGGGGUGGGGUACAGCCUCAACAGCUGGGCCGUGGCCUACUGGGUCGGAGUCUUGGACCGACCACAUCGUAACCCCCGCCGGCUCUUCACCGACUUCGCCGCGCUCCCCGGGGCACUCCUCGCCUACGUCAUGAGCGACCUGUGGUACAAACGCCGUCACGCGCCAGACCAUGCCUCUCCACGUGGCCACUCCGGCGGUCUAGCCCAGCCGGUGGACAACGACCGCGACGCCGCCGACCACGACCGCGAGGCCGCCGACUACGACCGGGAAGCCGGCGGAGACGAGUAUGACCGAGAGUUUGCGUCCUUUGAGCAGUUCCGGGCGACGCUCAAGUUAGCGUUGGGGUGUUGCAGCGCUGUGUUGCUCUUGACGCUGGCGAGUCCGGAGGUUUUCGGACACUGUCUGGUAUUGCGAUUUGUGGUGGCGUGUGGAUUGCAGACCGUGUCAAGUGCCCUCGUCAUCUGUGCCGGCGCGAUGCUCAUUGAUGGGUGUUCCGUGAACGUGCGCGCAACCUACGUUGCUUGGGCACGCGCCCUGGGGCUGGCUGGCUACUUUUUCGCCCGCCUCCUGCACCACUCCGCCUUUUUGGCACUUACCCCUGCCACCUGGCUUUUCACUUAUUUCCUUAUCUUCGUCGCCCUCCGAAAGAAUGGCCGAAGCACCCGCGCAAGCACUGCACGACCGUUGCCAAGAACUCAUUGA